AUGACGGAUGAACUUCCGUUAUGGUUCCCACCCAUGAGUAGCGACGAUUCAUCCGAUAGUAGCAUUCUUUUUUUUUUUCAAAAUCUCAUCGAAGAAGCCAAACUUCAAGACACGGGCACAUCUAACCGAAGGAGAUAUAUUGAACGUCAACGUGAGGAAGGGCAUGAGACACUCAUGACGGAUUAUUUUGUCGAAGACCCGAAGUACAACGAAGAUAUCUUUCGAUAUAGGUUCCGUAUGUCGAAACGUUUGUUUCUAAAAAUUGUGGCCGACAUGGAAGAGAACGACCCGUGGUUUGAAGAGGCCCCCGAUGCGCGAGGUAGGAAGGGGUUUACGUCGUUGCAAAAGGUGACAUCGGCUAUUAAACAGCUCGCAACUGGUAACACUCCAGACGACCCCGCUCUAGACGAUACGGUGCACAACAUGAUUUUGAAAGAUGAAGGAAAGGCGAUAGCACCGGUGCACAUUCGGGAUCCUCCGGUCGAGCCCGCUCUAGACAAUACGGUGUUGGGCGAGUUGAUGGAUGAAGACACACAUUGGAGACUAAAACACGAUCUCAUAGAUCAUCUCGCAAGUCAAGAUUUACCCUAA